AUGCCUUCACCCACCUCCCUUCUCUCGGAGCUCGCAGAGGAGAUAUCCCGCAACACAUCAAUAAUCGUCGAACGCCUCAAGUCUGGCGGCCUUCCCCAGCCAUCCUUCGACGCAGAUGGCCCUUCCCAUCCCAUACCCGAAGCAGAUGAGGAACUAUCGGCAGCAAGGCACGCACUGAUAGAGGCAUCAAAGGCGCUCCAUACAUUGGCCGUUGGACCAAGCGAAACUACUCGCCUUUUCUACUUCAAGGAUAUCUAUUUUGUUGGCGCAAUGCAGGUCCUUUGCCACUUCAAUGUGCCGCAGCAGGUCCCCAUAUCUGGCGAGAUUGGCAUCCAUGAACUAUCGGUCAAGACGGGACUCGACAGGGGGUUGCUGGUGCGGUUUUUGCGGAUAGCAGCCGCAAAUUACUACUUUACUGAACCCCGGCGGGGGUUUUUUGCCCACACGGCCUGGUCCAAAACUUUGGCCAUUGAUCCGAAGAUGAGGGCAUGUGUGUGGUUUCGGCACUCCGAAAUGAUGCCUUCUGUGGCCAAACUUGUUGAAGCAGUAGAAAUGCACACGGGUUCGGCCGAGGCUGCCGAGCCCCGGAACGCAGCUUUCAGUUUGGCAUUCGGAGAUUCUUUCUUCGAUUAUAAGGAAAAGCACCCGGACCAUAUGAUUAAGUUUGGUCACUUUGUGGAUGCCUUCGCCGGCGGUAUCGAAGCUGAUACAGCUGAGUCUAUUGCUCGCGCUUACGCAUGGGAGACGCUGCCGGCAAACUCACUCGUUGUUGACGUUGGCGGUGGUAUAGGGCAUAUUUCCACGGCCGUUGCGCAGAAACACGCCCACCUGAGCUUCCAGGUUCAGGAUUUCGGCGAUUUGGUCGAAGAAUCCGGCACACUCCAACAAUCAGCGGGUGUAUCUGACCGAGUCCAUUUCUGCCCACACAGCUUUUUCGAACCGCAGCCCGAAACAUGCAGAAAGGCGGCUGUUUACUUCCUCCGAAACAUCAUGCACAAUUGGCCCGACCUGUACUGCCGACGGAUACUCGAACCGAUUGUCGAGGCCAUGGGACCGGAUAGCCGCCUCCUUAUUUGCGACAUUGUUUUACCGGAACCCAACACGAUGCCCAAGACACAGGAGGCCCAAGUUCGUGCAUUGGACAUAGUCAUGUUGUCCAUGUUCAAUGCUCAGGAGCGAUCAUACGAAGACUGGCAGGAAUUGCUUACUAGCGUCGAUUCCAGGCUUAGGAUCACGGCGGUGGUUGGGAGGCCAAAGCUGGGGAUAGACAACCUCAUCGAAGCACGGUUGAUGUAG